AUGACACAGCCGGCGAACAAGCCCAGGCCCUUGUGUGCCCACAGGCCUACGCAGGAAGGGGGUGAGGACCAGUAUGAGCUGUACGCGGUGGAGAUGGAGAAGCAGGACGACGGCGCCAUGGACGUGAAGAUCAAGAAGAAGAAGACGACCAAGGCGGCGAAGAAGAAGGAGAAGCUGGAGAACAUGAAGAAGGAGAUGGACGUGGAUGACCAUCAGCUCUCCGUGGAAGACCUGGAGCUGAAGUACCAAACCAGUGUGAGCAAGGGCCUGAACAGCACGUGGGCAGGCGAAAUCCUACUCCGGGACGGCCCCAACGAGCUCAAACCCCCCAAGGGGACCCCCGAGUAUGUCAAGUUCGCCCGCCAACUAGCCGGGGGGCUGCAGUGCCUGAUGUGGGUGGCCGCUGCCAUCUGCCUCAUCGCCUUCGGCAUCCAGUGCGGCCAAGGAGACCUGACCAGUGCGGAUAACCUGUACCUGGCUAUCGCCCUCAUCGCCGUGGUGGUCGUGACCGGCUGCUUUGGCUACUACCAGGAGUUCAAGAGCACCAACAUCAUCGCCAGCUUCAAGAAUCUCGUGCCCCAGCAAGCCACGGUGAUUCGGGAUGGGGACAAAUUCCAGAUCAACGCCAACCAGCUAGUGGUCGGGGACCUGGUGGAGAUCAAGGGUGGGGACAGGGUCCCGGCUGAUAUCCGGAUCAUCACAUCUCAGGGCUGCAAGGUGGAUAACUCCUCUCUGACGGGGGAGUCCGAGCCCCAGACCAGAGCCCCCGAGUGCACCCACGAGAGCCCCCUGGAAACCCGGAACAUCGCCUUCUUCUCCACCAUGUGCCUGGAAGGCACUGCCACCGGCAUCAUUGUUAACACCGGAGACCGCACCAUCAUCGGGCGCAUCGCCAGCCUGGCCUCGGGCGUGGAGAACGAGAAGACGCCCAUCGCCAUCGAGAUCGAGCACUUUGUGGAUAUCAUCGCCGGCCUGGCCAUCUUCUUCGGGGGCACCUUCUUCGUCGUCGCCAUGGUGAUCGGAUAUCCCUUCCUCAAAGCCAUGGUCUUCUUCAUGGCCAUCGUGGUGGCCUACGCCUCCCUCCCCUGGCAGGUCUGUCUCUCACUCACCGCCAAGCGUUUGGCCCGAAAGAACUGUGUGGUGAAGAACCUAGAGGCUGUGGAAACUCUGGGCUCCACCUCUGUCAUCUGCUCGGACAAAACUGGGACCCUGACCCAGAACCGCAUGACCGUCUCCCACCUGUGGUUCGACAACCAGAUUCACACGGCUGACACCACAGAGGACCAGUCAGGGCAGAGCUUUGAUCAGUCAUCGGAGACAUGGAGAGCACUGUGCAAGAUUGUGUCCCUCUGCAAUCGAGCCUUCUUCAAAUCAGGCCAGGAUAAUGUGCCGGUGCCCAAGAGGAUUGUCAUUGGAGAUGCCUCAGAGACGGCGCUGCUGAAGUUCUCCGAGAUCACUCUGGGGAACGUCAUGGAGUACCGGGAGCGCUACAAGAAAGCCUGUGAAAUCCCCUUCAACUCCACCAACAAAUUCCAGCUGUCCAUCCACGAGCUGGAGGACCCCCGGGACCCUCGGUACCUGCUGGUGAUGAAAGGGGCCCCAGAGCGGAUCCUGGAGCGUUGCGCCACCAUCAUGAUCAAGGGGCAGGAACUGCCCCUGGACGAGCAGUGGAAGGAGGCGUUCCAGACGGCGUACAUGGACCUGGGGGGCCUGGGAGAGCGGGUGCUGGGGUUCUGCCACCUGUACCUGGACCCGGUGCAGUUCCCACGCGGCUUCUCUUUCGACUCGGAAGAGAUGAACUUCCCCACCAGCGGGCUCUGCUUCGCCGGCCUCAUCUCCAUGAUCGACCCGCCCCGCGCCACCGUGCCCGACGCCGUCAUGAAGUGCCGCACUGCCGGCAUUCGGGUGAUCAUGGUGACAGGGGAUCACCCCAUCACGGCCAAGGCGAUUGCGGCCAGCGUGGGCAUCAUCUCAGAGGGCAGCGAGACAGUGGAGGACAUCGCCUCCAGGAUGCGCAUCCCUGUGGAGCAAGUCAACAAGUGGGAGGCCCGGGCCUGUGUGGUGAACGGGGGGCAGCUGAAGGACAUGGAGAGCGAGGACCUUGUCGAGAUCCUGAAGAUGCACCCCGAGAUGGUCUUCGCCCGUACCUCCCCCCAGCAGAAGCUCAUCAUCGUGGAGAGCUGCCAGAAGUUGGGCGCUAUAGUGGCCGUGACAGGCGACGGGGUGAAUGAUUCCCCGGCUCUGAAGAAGGCCGAUAUUGGGGUGGCCAUGGGCAUCGCUGGCUCUGAUGCCGCCAAGAACGCAGCCGACAUGAUCCUGCUGGAUGACAAUUUUGCCUCCAUCGUCACGGGCGUGGAGCAAGGCCGCCUGAUUUUUGACAACCUAAAGAAAUCCAUCGCGUACACCCUGACCAAGAACAUCCCGGAGCUGACCCCGUAUCUGAUCUACAUCACAGUCAGCGUCCCCCUGCCCUUGGGCUGCAUCACCAUCCUCUUCAUCGAGCUCUGCACCGACAUCUUUCCCUCGGUGUCCCUGGCCUACGAGAAAGCGGAAAGCGACAUCAUGCACCUGAAGCCCCGGAACCCCCGGCGCGACCGGCUGGGGGACGUAGCCCUGGCUGUGUACUCCUACUUCCAGAUCGGGGCCAUCCAGUCCUUCGCUGGCUUCACGGACUAUUUCACAGCCAUGGCCCAGGAGGGCUGGUUCCCCCUGCUCUGCGUGGGGCUGCGGGCCCAGUGGGAAAAUGACCAUCUCCAAGACGUGCAGGACAGCUACGGGCAGGAGUGGACGUUUGGCCAGCGCCUGUAUCAGGAAUACACCUGUUACACCGUCUUCUUCAUCAGCAUCGAGAUGUGUCAGAUCUUAGACGUCCUCAUCCGCAAGACUCGCCGUCUCUCGGUCUUCCAGCAGGGUUUCUUCAGGAAUAAAAUCCUGGUGAUUGCCAUCGUGUUCCAGCUGUGUCUGGGCUGCUUCCUGUGCUACUGCCCUGGCAUGCCCAACAUCUUCAACUUCAUGCCCAUACGGUUCCAGUGGUGGCUGGUGCCUCUGCCUUUUGGCAUCCUCAUCUUCGUCUAUGAUGAAAUCCGAAAACUCGGCGUCCGAAGGCACCCCGGAAGCUGGUGGGACAAAGAACUUUAUUACUAAAGGCAAAGCACGACCGCCCCUCAGCCUCCGGCAGCAUCUCAGGCUUCGCCCCCUCUGCGCAGCACAAAAGAGGCAGAUGCCAGAACAUGCUCCCGCUCCUGCUUCGCCCGUUGAAAACUACCGGAGAAUACAACCCCCGGGUCCAGGCCCCUCCAGGCCAGGGGCCCCAGCCAUGGAUGGAAGAGCAGCCCCCUUGCUUCUGUUCCCAGCUAGUCCCAGCUCGCUCCUUUUUGUGUAGCUGGCAGCAGGACACCUGGGCUUUAUCCCUGGCUCUGGGAGGGGAGUGGGGUCUAGUGGUUAGAGCAGAGGGGCCAGGAGACAGAAUGUCUGGGUUCUAUGCCUGGCUGUAGGAGAGGAGUGGGGUCUAGUGGUUAGAACAGAGGGCUAGGAGGCAGAAUGUCUGGGGUCUGGCUCUGGGAGGGGAGUGGUGUCUAGUGGUUAGAGCAGAGGGGGCUAGGGAGCAGGUGUGGCCGGGCAGCAUGGCUUUCAGGCAGAUCACUGCAGCACUAGGGCAGAGCAGGUCCACCAGCCAAUCAGCUUCAAAUUUCAGCUCACCAGGAACUGGGGCUCCUCCCUCAUUUGCACCCCAUGGACUCAGGCUGGGAAAGGCUCCAUGAGAGUGACAAAGGCACGUCCUGUCCUGCACUCCUGGGGCAACCAGCCCAGGGGGCCAAGCCCUGGUUCCAUUGCCCCCCUCAGAGUGGAGUGGCAGCUUAGGGGGCAGGUGGGGAACAGAACUGAAGCACACCCCUCCCCCACUCUGAGCAUGUGCCCAUCUAGCCUGGUUGCCCGCCCAUGCCACCUGCUGCCCCAAAUUGGGCCCAGCACCUACCACCCUGGCACAGGCCCAUCUAGCCUGGCAUCCUGCCUCAAACCCAUCAGCUCCAGGCAGGAUUUCUCAGAAGCGUAGCUCCCACAAUGCAUCUGUCUCCCCCAUGGCAGG